AUGCUAGCUAGCGACCUUAGCAAUAAAUUAGAUAACAACGGCGUCUAUAAGGAGUUCGAUCUACGGCUCGCUCUUAAGAAGGAAGAGAAGGCGAGAGUACUUAGCAAUCCGAAGGACUUCCGCGACUUCCCUCCCGAGCGUCGGCCCGAUAAGGCUAAUCCUAAGAAAUACAAAGUCCCUAUAGCUCUAGUCUACGAGAGCGAAGACGAAUCCAACUUCGACGAGGACGACGAUACCGAAGAGGAGGAGUUUUUCGACGAUAAGGCCGUUUGCGAUAAGCCCGGUAAGGACGAUAACGGCGACUUCGUUCGCGACGCCUACUAUUCUCCGACGAGCUAG